AUUCAAUGCGUAAUCUAACCCCUGAUAAAGCAUUCAGAUUGAAAAAGCAGAGUAUUUUCGAAUUGAACUUUAGUGAAGAACCUAAAUCAAAUAAAAUACAUAGCCGAUAAAUAAAUCAACAACCAUUGGAAACUUUAUUCUAAGCCUACACAAAAAAUAGAGUUAUUAAAUUAAAGGAAACACAUCACAUGCAUUGCAAAAUUCAAUCUCUUAAAUCAAAACUAAUUAGAAUAUUUAAGGAUAAUAGAUAAUAAUCACCUCAUGAUGUAUUCACAGAUUAAAAAGGAAAAUAAAUAUUAGAAGAAUUAAAAGAAUCUCAUAUUCUUAACAUGUAAGGGUUAUAAAGAAUGGUAAACUCUAAUGAAAAAAAUCCAUUUUUCUUAAAUUAGCCUAGACACUCUAGUGGAUUAAGAAAAUGUUAUUUUAGAUAUCCUACUGAUGCUUUUGAGAAAUUAGAUAGAAGUACUGCUGUUACUCCAUAACCUUUACUAAGAAGGUAUACUCCUUUACUCAAGCCAAGAGUAAGAAAUUCUGAAUAAUGGAAUGAAUUAAAUGCUUGGCAAACUAAAGAUGAGUCUACCACAAAUUUAUUUUGA